AUGUUUAAAGAUCGGAUUUACUAUAUACCACGGAGAACCUUUCUAAGUUUCGGAAGUCGUGCAAGCGGUGAAAGAUCUUUCAGAGUUGCCAAGAAAGUCAAUGUGCCUCCAAGCUUAAUUUUUCAGGUAGUUGCCGAUGUGCUGAAGUAUCAAGAGUUCGUUCCAUUUGUCACUCAUUCAUUCAUAAGUAAACGUUCUGAAGAGACAACUCUACCAAGCGAGGCAGGAUUUCGAGUUGGCUGGAAUCAAUACGAUGAGAAAUUCACUUGUAGUCUCAGCUGCAUUAAGAAUAAGCAAGUAAUUGCUGAAUCGGUGACUGUUCUGUUGUUCAAUAAUCUUUACAAUGAGUGGAACUUCAAAGAAGUGAAAAACCGCUUUACUAAUGAACUGGAUACCUAUGUCGAACUUGUCUUGAAAUAUAAAUUCAAGAAUCCCUUAUACAACACGAUGUGUUCACUCUUUCAGAAGCAAGUUAGUGAAACAAUGAUAGAGGCAUUUGAGUCUAGGGCUAUGCAGUUGAAAAUCAAUGAAAAGCUCAAGGAUAGAAUAAAUUAA